UUCUCCUGUUAAUUAUUCGCUUCCCUCGCAAGGGAGGAGGAGACGCGCCGCCCCUCGAAUCCAAACCCCCAAAAUUCCCAGAGAGAUGAACGCGGCGGCGCGGAAGGCCGCCGCCGCGGCGCGGCUGCCGGCGGCGGUGCUGGUGGUGGUAGCGGUGGGGGCGUUCCUGAUCUCCUACAACCUCCUGGCCAUCGUGCUCCGGGGUGGCGGCGGCGCGGCCACCGGGGCGGGGAGGGAGAGGGACCCGGUGGUGGCGAUGCCGGGGUGGAUGCGGGCGGCUGGGUCGGCGGGCGGGGGGCGGCGGCGGCCGUUCCACGUGGCGCUCACGGCGACCGACGCCGCGUACAGCCGGUGGCAGUGCCGGGUGAUGUACUACUGGUACAAGCGGAUGCAGGCGCGGCCGGAGGGCGCCGACAUGGGAGGCUUCACCCGCGUGCUCCACUCCGGGAAGCCCGACGCCCUCAUGGGCGAGAUCCCCACCUUCGUCGUCGACCCCCUCCCCGCCGGCAAGGACCAUGGCUAUGUCGUACUAAAUAGGCCCUGGGCAUUUGUACAGUGGCUGGAGAAAGCAAAGAUUGAAGAAGAAUACAUAUUGAUGGCAGAACCAGAUCAUAUAUUUGUGAGACCUUUACCAAAUUUAGCCCGCGAUGAUCCAGCAGCAUUCCCUUUCUUUUACAUUACACCAUCAGAACAUGAAAGUGUUCUCAGGAAAUAUUAUCCUAAAGAAAGAGGCCCUGUCACAAAUAUCGACCCUAUUGGGAAUUCCCCUGUAAUCAUUAAGAAGAUACAACUUGAGAAGAUUGCCCCUACAUGGAUGAAUGUAUCGAUUCAAAUGAAAGAAGAUCAGGAGACAGAUAAAGCUUUUGGAUGGGUCUUGGAAAUGUAUGCAUAUGCUGUUGCUAGUGCACUCCAUGGGGUUCAACAUAUCCUUCGAAAAGAUUUCAUGAUUCAGCCACCUUUUGAUACCAAACUUGGGAAUACAUUUAUUAUCCACUUCACUUACGGAUGUGACUAUACACUCAAGGGUGUACUAACCUAUGGAAAAAUUGGUGAAUGGAGAUUUGACAAGAGAGCAUACCAAGACAGGCCACCGCCACGAAAUCUUACAUUGCCCCCUCCAGGAGUACCAGAAAGUGUGGUUACACUUGUAAAGAUGGUAAACGAGGCUACCGCAAACCUUCCAGGGUGGGAUGAUGGAAGAUAGACUAUGACGACAAAUGUUGCUGAUUAGUGAUUACUCAUUCUGAUAGCUGCCCCAUUCCUCUCUAUUCAGGGGCAAUACACCAUAAAUGAUAGAAAUCGAUAGUUUUCCCAGUAUACUUACAGAAAGAAAACAAGAUAGCAGCCCAAAAGUUUUUUUGAUGAAAUUAUAUCGAAAUGCUACUAGUAUAAACACCUAAAGUAUAGUUAUGCCAGUAAAAUGGUGAUUGCACCUCUGACAUCUCUAUAGAGUUACUGAGCAUAUGUUGAUCUGUUGUCCAAUUGUUUGUUCGAACUAUACCGCUGUGUAAAUAGUGAACUGUAGCUUAUUGGCAUGCAAACAAUGUUUGCGAAUGCCAAAGUUAAAUAUCGCCUAUAUAAUGUCAAUAAAAUACAAUGGUUUAGUCGUUCGUUUUGCAAAAUAA